AUGACUUCUAAAAAAACGGUCAAUUUGAUUUCUGAAUUGGAAAGCCGAUAUUUAGAGUGUAAUAUAUGCAGAGAAUUGUUUGAUGAAGAAGAACGUAUACCUAGGCUGCUUCCGUGUCAUCAUCCAUUUUGUUCGGAAUGCCUUAAUAAACUCGGCCGCCGAAAAGAUAUAAUUAAAUGUCCUACUUGUAAUGCUGUACAUAAGAUGCAGAAAAACGACCCUUCAGAUUUUCCAAAGGAUAAUACAAGACGGGAUUUGACGACUUUUUUGCAUGCUCACUCAGAUUUAAUUACUUUGAGAACAUGUAAUCAUUGUGGAAAUACUGUGAAUGUUACACAUAAAUGUCAACAAUGUAAUAUACCUCUUUGUGAAAUUUGUCAACGAAAUCAUAAAACAGAAAAUUUAACGCAUAGUAUAAUUCUUUCAAAAUCAGAGACAUUUCCAGACGAUGAUGACAAUCUUGAUAUUUGUCUAAAUCCACGCCAUGAGAGAGCAAAACUGAAAUAUUUCUGCAAUUCAUCAAAUUGUCAAAGUUCUGUUUGUCCUUCCUGUGUAAUAGAUGAGCAUAGAGACAGCAGUAAGCAUGAACUUGAAAACAUUGAAAAAGCUUUUAAAAAGAGAAAAAAAGAAUUAGGUAAUGGCGUAAAAUCUCUCCGAAGGAGAAUAUCAUAUGUAGAAUCGACAUUUCAAAAAGUGUCUAAUACUUUACAAGAUGAAAGGGAUGAAUUCAACAGAGAAUUGAACGCAAUUUAUAAAAGAGGGAUAGGAGUUUUAGAAGACAGAAAACAAAAAGUUCUUGAUGUAUUUAACAUUGCUCUCCAAAAGAAAGAAUCAAGAGCAGUCACAAGUAAAGAUAAUUUAGACAGUUAUCUUAAAAAUGCUACUGAGUGUUGCAACCUCUCCGAGCAACUGAUUAAUCGCAACAAUAUGAGCUCUUUCUUGAAUGUUCACCAAACAAUAGAUGUUCAUCUGAAACAAUACUUAAAUACCACAUUUGAAAAUUCAACUGACGAUGAAAACCAUUUCGCAAAAACAAUAAACUUUGAUGAUAUUCUUCGAUUAUUCAAGAAUAACAUUGAAAAUCUAGAAAAAUCGAAUGAAGAUGCAGAUAUCGAACCAUCAAUUGAACUGGCCAAAGGUAGUUUACUUUUAUUAUUACAAAAUUGCUUUGCCAUCAUUGUUAAGAUGACGUGCUCAUUAAAUCACAUAUAUCUUAUCUGUGUAUCGGAUACAUAA